AAAAAACAAUCCCUUUUUAGAGAGAAUGUUCCCUUCCCCCCACUCACAUCAAUAUCUCUAUUUAAAUGCUUCCAUUCCACCAGCAUCCACCCACGUUUUCCUCUGACUCUGACGACGACUUCAAAAGAAGCGUGCUUUCCAGUCUUCAAAAAAUGUCUGACUUGGAACAACACUCUUCUUGUUGUGAUAAUUCCUCUGUGGACUCUACAGAAAAUGCAAACAGUAGAGUCGAUUCUGAAGCUGAUUUCUCAGAAGAUGAGGAAACUCUCAUAAUCAGGAUGUUUAACUUAGUUGGAGAAAGAUGGUCUUUGAUUGCUGGGAGAAUUCCUGGGAGAACAGCUGAGGAGAUUGAGAAGUAUUGGAACACAAGAUAUUCGACAAGCCAAUGAGCAUUUGAAACUUAAAUCUAUCGCUGUUUUAGCUAGCUAGCUACUAUGCAAAAAGAAAGACUUAACUAGAAGGUUUGUAGUAGUUUUUAUCAAGAUUUCGCUAUGGACUUGGGUAUUGUGUUACAGAGAUGGAUCAUCUCUGUUAUGUUUAAUCUUUUGUUACUAUAACAAAUAUUCUAUAUUUCA